UAGGAUAUGGCAAGUGGCGGAGAAGCAGCGUUGACUUUUGGGAUUUCCUUCACCGAUCACUAGAUUGGCUAGGAGGAUAACUUUCAAAGAACAUUAGAGAUCAAGUGAAGAGAGGGCAGGAGAAACUCUUCAUUCCCAGAGAGAGACAUGGCUGAAACAAUUCUCUCGCCUUUGAUGACAGGUUUGGGGAAGAAAUUGGGGGACGAUAUCCUUCAACAGUUCGGAUCCAUAUGGGGCAUCGACGAAAAGCGGGAAAAGCUUGAGAGACAGGUGCUAGCCAUCCAAUCUGUGCUUGGGGAUGCAGAGGAGAGGCAAGUCAAGGAUAAAGCAGUGAAAAAGUGGUUGGAAGCACUCGAGAAUGCAGCUUAUGAAGCAGAUGACAUACUGGAUGAGUUCCAUUAUGAAGGUAUGCGGUGCCAGGCAAAAAUCCAUGAUGAUAUUGCAAACAAGGUACUCGAUUUCUUCUCACUUCAUAACCCAGUUCUGUUUCAAUUAAAAAUGGGGAAGAAGUUAAAAGAUAUUGUGGAGAGGAUAGAUAGAAUUAAAGCAGAGGGUGCUAAUUUUGGGUUUAGAGACAAUCCACAGCCACACACCGACAGACCACAAAGCCACUCCUUUGUUGUUGAAUCAGAUGUCAUCGGUAGACAAGAAGAUAAAGAAAAAAUAGUGAACUUGCUGCUCAAUCAGCGUGAGAAUGAGAACGUCACAGUCCUUUCCAUAGUUGGCAUGGGAGGACUGGGCAAGACCACCCUUGCUCAACUGGUCUACGGAGACCAGAGGGUGAAGAACCAUUUCCAAAUGCACAUAUGGGUCUGCGUGUCUGAAGAGUUUCAUGUUGCAGAGCUGGUUAAAUCCAUCAUAGCUUCAGCUAAAAAGGAAAAGUGUGAUCUGCCAGACAUGGAUUUAUUGCAGCUCAGCCUUCGAGUAGUGUUGAGUGGGAAAAAAUAUCUACUUGUAAUGGACGACGUUUGGAAUGAGGAUUCAGAGAAGUGGGAUGCUUUAAAAAAAUUAUUAGGAACUGGUGGAGAAGGUAGUGCAAUUCUUGUUACUACCCGCAGUGAACAGGUCUCGCGAAUCAUGGGCGCAUCAACCUCUCAUCUUUUACAGCCGCUAUCUGAGGAUGAUUCUUGGACUUUGUUUAGCAAAAGAGCAUUUGUACCAGAAGCUGAAGAACGUCCACAGCUGAUUGAAAUUGGCAAGGAGAUUGUGAAAAAGUGUGGGGGACUGCCUUUAGCAGUAAAGACCCUGGGGAGUUUGAUGUGCACCAAAAAAGAAGUAAAGGAUUGGUUGGCUGUAAUGAGAAGUGAGAUUUUGGAUACCAAGGUUGGUGAGGAUGGGAUCGUACCUGUUUUAAGGUUGAGCUACAAUCACUUGCCUCCACAUUUGAAGCAAUGCUUUGCCUUAUGCUCCAUAUUCCCUAAGGAUUAUAAGAUGGAAAAAGAUAUGUUGAUCCAACUGUGGAUAGCUAAUGGAUUCGUUCCGUCUGAAGGAAGAAAGGAGUUGGAAGUUACGGGUGAGGAGAUAUUUGAUGAACUGGUGUGGAGAUCAUUCGUUCAGGAGCCUGCGCAAGAUAGCAGUAAUGAACUAUUUCUAUAUACAUAUGAAAGAAGAGCAAAAUACAUGAUGCAUGACAUGAUGCAUGACCUUGCAAAAUCUAUCAUGGGGAGCGAUUGUUCUCAGUUAUUGAAAUCUGGUCAUUUGGAAGAAUUACCUAAUAAUAUCCAUCAUUUGUUUAUAUCUGGCCCUCGCCAAUUAGACAUUGGUAAGACACUAAAUAAAUUUCCGAACAUCUUCACACUCUUGCUACAAGAAAGUUACCUAGAUAUAAGGACUAUUGAUUUGUCAAAAGCUAGGUCCCUGAAAGUAUUAAGCUUGCAGUACACAAAUCCUAUAGAAUUGCCAGUUAAAAUAAGAUAUUUGAAACAUCUAAGAUACCUUGAGAUCUUUCGAAAUGAUAUUGCAGAACUUCCUGAAGCCAUAAGCGAGCUUUUCAAUCUACAGAUCUUCAAACUAGAUUACUGCUGGAAGUUAUGUAAACUACCAGAAGCAAUGAGAAAUAUGAGAAGCCUCAGGCACCUAUAUAUAAAUGGAUGCCGCAGUUUGAAGCACAUGCCAGCAGGUAUGGGGCAAUUAAGUUUCCUGAAGACCUUGACAAAGUACAUCGUAGGUGAUGAUGAUGAGAGGGGCAUAAGGGAGCUGAAGGGCCUGAAUCUUGGUGGCCAACUAGAGCUCUACAACCUGGAGAAAGUGAGGGGCAUGGAAGAUGCUAGAGAGGCUAAUCUAGAGUCUAAACAAAAUCUACAGUCAUUAGCAUUAUGUUGGGGAGUUUCAGAGUGGGUUGAUUUCUAUAAUUUAAGAGAGCCAGAAGAUCAUUCUCUUGAUGAAGAGACAGAAAAUGCUGAGAAGGUGUUGUUAGCUCUUGAACCUCACAGUGGCUUGAAAAGGCUGGUAGUAUGGAGGUAUGCAGGUUUACGCUUUCCUAUGUGGAUGAUGGUCCGUCUUGAUUUGCUCCGCAAUUUGGUUGAGAUCCAUCUAGGAUACUGCAAACGAUGUGAGCAUCUCCCACCACUAUGGCAACUGCCUCAUCUUGAGGUCCUGUCCUUGACUAAAAUGGACUCAAUCAAGCACCUUCAAAGCAGUGGAAGUGAGGGUACAAUGCAACCGUUCCCUUCGCUGAAGGUUCUACAUCUACGAAAAAUGCAGAGCUUAAAGAGUUGGUUGGGAGAGGAAGGCAGAGAUCCAGCACCACCACCCUGUUUUCUUUUACUCGUCGAGAUACAAAUCAGUGACUGCCCAAACCUGACUUCCAUGCCCGUGCUUCCAUCUCUCCGCCAUUUGGUAAUAGACAGAAAUAGCAAGAUACCAUUGGAGUCUGUCCUUAGCCUUACCACACUAUCCUCCCUCAGUAUCGAAACCUCCAGUGCAAAUGCCAGCAGCGGGAUGCAGUCGCCAUCCUUUCCACAGGCAAGUAUACCAUCAUUAAAGCACAUGAACUCUCUGGAGUACUUGAGUAUCAUUGGUGGCGAAGAGCUGAGGCCGCUGCUCGAGUGGGAGGAUGAGACGAGGGGUUUCAGCUCAACCCUUCGAAAAUUGUUGUUCACAAACUGCAAUUGGUUGUUCUCAAGGCAGCUGUCAUCAUCACCGUUGGAAAUUUGGACAAACCUUACUUCUCUCCAUCACUUAUACAUCAAUAAUUGUGAUUCUCUCGUAUUCUGGCCAGAGGAGGAGCUUCGAGGCUUAAUUUCCCUGAAGACGUUAGAGGUUUCUGUUACGGGGGAACUCAGC